AUCAGCAGAUCUGAGAUCAUAAACCCUUGGCUGAAAGCAGACUUCAUAGGACAUGCUCACAGAAGUCAAAGAGUUAAAGCAAACUCCAGAAACAUGCUAAAGACCAGGAGAAAAUGUGACUCACUUUCUUCUGAGUAACACCGCGAACAAACCGUGUUUCUAGAUCCAUCCUUUGCUUCAAUUUUCCCAAAAAUGUGACUCUCCAUUGCAAAAAGAAGCUUCUUUGAUGAGAGCAACAUGAGUAAGAGAAAGAUAAGUGUGUGCCAACAAACUUGGGCCUUAUUCCAGAAGAAUGUUCUUAAGAAAUGGAGAAUGAAAAGAGAAUUCUUAAUGGAAUGGAUAAACUCAUUGCUCCUUCUACUAUUUUUGUACCUAUAUCCUAAUGGCCAUCAAGUUACUGAUUUUUCUUCACUGCCUACCAUGGACUUGGGGCGGGUAGAUUCAUUUACAACAUCUAAGUUCCUGAUAGCGUACUCUCCUGUCACCAGCACAACCCAACAGAUAAUGAAGAAAGUAGCUGAUGUCUCCUUCAUGACAGGUGAGAAAGAAGUCUUAGGACUUUCGGAUGAAGAAAGUAUUAAAGAAGUAACAGCAAACCAUCCCGAUGAAGUAAUAAGAGUCAUCUUUUCUGAUACAUACUCGUAUCACAUGAAAUUCUUGCUCGGACAAAGAAUCCCAAUAAGGAAGGAACACAGGGACCAUGCAGCUCCUUGUUUUGAAACAUUUGAAGAUACCGACUGUCUGGUGUCAAAGUUCUGGAAGUCUGGGUUUAUGGCUCUUCAGGCUGCCAUCAACGCUGCCAUCAUAGAAGUGAGUACAAAAUGAUAAACGUGUACUCAC